CCCUAAUAAAUUUAUUUACAUUUUUAAUAGGAAUGAAAAUGUCUUCUAGCAACAUGGCAGUGGGAAUUUUCCUCUUCUCCCAGAUCACAGUGGGCAUGCUUGGAAAUUCCUUAAUACUAAUUUAUUAUGUCAUUUUGAUAUUCACUGGAAAGCAUUUAAUGCACAAAGACCUGAUUAUAGAGCAUUUGACUUUUGCCAACUUCUUAUCUAUCAUCUCAAGAGGAAUUCCACAGACAAUGUCAGAUUUUGGAUUUAAGUAUUUCCUAGAUGACAUUGGAUGUAAAUUGAUAAUGUACAUUUACCGAAUAUCAAGGGGGGUGUCCCUGUAUGCCAUGUGCUUACUCAGUUGCUUCCAAGCAAUCACAAUCAGCCCCAGCAACUCCAGGUGGAUGAAGCUAAAACACAGAGCCACCAAGUUCAUUGGCCCCUCCUGCUCACUCAGUUGGCUUGUGCAUCUGCUUCUAAACAUCUGGACACCAGCAAGAGUGUCAGGACCCAUUUACAACAAAAGUACAACUACUAGGAUGAGUUAUGGAUACUGCUCAUGGUUUGCUUACGGUAAUGUGGCAACAGCAUUGUAUAUAUUCUUACUGUGCUUCAGUGAUGGCCUGUGCCUGGGUCUCAUGGCCUGCUCAAGUGUCUCCAUGGUGAUUAUACUCUACAGACAUAAGGGACAAGUCAAGCAUAUCCAUAGUGCUCAAUAUUUUCUAAAAGUCUCACCUGAGGAGAGAGCUGCCCAAACUAUCCUCAUGCUGGUGUGCGUAUUUGUCAUCUUUUACUCAUUCUCUUCUAUUGUGGUUAUCUUUUCGACCUACUACAAAGCUCCAAUGCUAUGGGCAGUAAGUGUAUUUCUAUUUCUAGAAAUAUGCUUUCCCAUAGUUUGCCCCUAUGUUCUCAUCAGCAAUAUCAAGGCUAGUUCCAGCAUAUUUUUAUCCUGCUGUAGUAAAAGAAAUCUUCCUUCAAGUUUGACAUGA